AUGGAUCGAGAUUCGCUUGAUAUAAAUGGAUUAUCGAAGAGUUUCGUCAAGAAUUCUGUUAUUAUCUCUCAUGCGGGUGUUGACCAAUCGUUUUCCGUCUAUCAGCAUGCCCUAACUUCUCACUUUUCACGGAGUCCGCUGGUUUGGAAAAUAAACAACAAACCGUUCCCUCAUCGUCUGACGUUUCCACUGAAGUUUGUUCCAUAUGAAGAGAAAUUAUGCUUCGGACCACAAAUCACACCAACAGAAAUUAUGAAAAUUGCAUUUUUACAUAUUUUCAAUAUAAAUGUAACGUCAGCUGAUGAUUAUAGACAAAAUGUUCGGCAUAAUGUAUCGGAUUGGUUUGCAAAGCUAAACUCGAAAUCUGAUGUUCAAUGGAUAAUAGUGAUUAAUACGAAUCGAGCGAAAGACCGAAAAACAAAAAGUGCAAUAAUGGAGAAAAUUAAGACAGAUUUUGCAAAAUUCAGUUCAAGAUUAUUCGAAUUACCGGAUACAUCAGAUCAAACUGCAUUCGUUUCUUUUGUACAGGGAAUUCAAGGAUUUCUAUUCCAACAUCUCACUUUAGUCAUGGAAAUUUGGGAUAAAUCAUUGAAGACUCAAUAUGAGAAAAAGAAACAACACACUUGGGAUGUAUAUGCAUACUUUUCGAGCAUGACAGAGUACGGUCGUGUUUUCUGGAGUUUUGGAGCCAUUGAAUACGCAAUGUCAAUAUUCGAUGACAUGGAGAAACUUCUUCAUGAAUUCGUCCUUCGUUCCGGAGAUGCCGAAUCUCCAAAAUGGCUUGUUCAGUUGCUGAAUAUCAGAAUAGAAGAUCGUCCGUCUCUGUUAGCGAAUUUCGGAAUUCAACGGAUUCAGAAAAAGGAAUCUCAUUAUUUGGGAAUGAGAAAUUAUCUGUUAUGUCAGCAAAUAAUAAUGUCGAUUCAUUUAUAUCAGCAAAAAAUGAAAUCUAAUGAUGCGGCUCCGAGUUUAAGGUCAGACUGUGCUGUUGGAAUUAUGCAAAGAUCAUUGAUUACAAUUGAAUCGGUGAAAGAGUUCAAUAACUUGUUGAAUAAUAAACGAGAUAUUCCGAUGACAUGUUGCUGGACAUGGUGGACUGUCAGUGAAUCUCUAUCAAUAUGUAAAUUGCUAUGUGAUGUAUCCCAUCUGAAUGUGGCACCUGUCAUUCUCGCACGCCUUCAUUUGGCACGGUUCGAUGCUCUCUUCAUUCUGGCGAAACAGUUGAAAUUGAAUCCAGAAGACCGGAAUGAACUAUCGGAAUGGCUGAAAAUUAAACCGAUAUCAUUUGAAUCAAAAAUAUUGAAUUCAGCGAUUGAGACAACUGAACAGAUGUGUACGGAGAUGGAAAAAGCACACGAUGUCUGUGUGAAUUCAUUGGCUCAUGCGAAUCGACAUAGAUUUGUAUUCAAUAUCACCAAUCAGCUAUUUGUGUUUUUAAGAAGCGUCAAAGCGAAAUGUCCGAUUCAAAAGUUAGCGAUAUCCAAGUCAAUUUUAAAAACGAUGCCAAUUCAAGAGUCAAUUGCCCAAAUGCUGAAAUCACUCUGCUCGGAAUUGAUGGAUUCAGAAUCAAUUUCAGAUGAAAUGAUGAUUUCAUUGCUCUUUUUCAUAUCACAAUGUGAACUUGGUAAAGAUCAGAAGAUAAAUGGAAAACUGUUAGAAAAGUGUGAGAAAAAAGCGAAAGAAGAUGGAACACCUGUAGAUCUCUCCUCUAUAUCAAUCAACGAGAGUGAUGAUCACUUCUUCAGUGUGAAAAUUGAAAACUUUGAAGCUGUUCAAAAUACGGAUUCAAUUUUGGAAAUUCGCUCAAUAGUUACUUCGAAUCUUGGAUUUUCACUCGAAAAUGUGAAAAUCGAAUUACAUUUCUCUGGUGAUCCUUCGAGUUCGAUUGCUCAAGAAUCCAAUCUAUCAGUUCUAUCGUUACAACAUGAGAGAAAAGAGAAUAUCUGCCGACUUGUUUCCGAACUGAAACUGAAAAAUCUUUCAUCCCAACUAUCGAACGAUGUGACUUCUCCGUUGAAACUGAUUAUUCAAUCUGAAUUAUACAGUCUGAAUCCCGGAGAAAAUCAGAUUAUUUUCCGUACAGAUAUCACAAAAAUUGGUUGCUUUAUAUUGGAAAAAGUCAGAAUUUCAACGAGUUCUCUUGAAUAUUCCACUUGUAAUGUGAUAACUAGGAGACCUCCCGCCUUGUAUUGUAUUGCAACACCUCACUCGGUCACUGUAGUCAAUGAUACACAACAUUUCUUCGCUGGUGUUAUGCAGAAAUUGGAGAUUGACGUUGAGGCGAAGUGCGAUAUUCCUCGGGAAACACCUCUAGAAAUCGAGCCGAGCACUCCGAAUUUUAAAUUUUUGGAUGAUGGAAAUAACUGGGUUGAUAAUCUAAAGAUGACUUUGGAGCCAUUCAAAUCGAACGAAAAACGACGGAUUAAUGUCAAAGUUUGGUUGAAAAUCGAUUCGAGUAUCUGUGAAUCUGCAGCUGUGCAGAAGAGAUCAGUGAGUUUGACAACUAGAUGA